CUAGUGAUGACGACCUUUAAUUAGUUGUUUGCUUAGCCAGCUAGCUACUUCAGUUAGCUACACCUGUGUUGGAAAGUGGGAUGUUUUGCUGAUGUUGGUUGACAUGAGAUGACACGUCUUUGGUUUGUCUAUAGACUGUCAACUGCUAUGGUGUUUUCUAGCUACAAGAACAGAGACAUAAAGUUGACUGAAGAUGUUAGAGCUGUGAUGGUGGUGUGUCCCCUGCCUUCAUUGUGACUCCUGUCCACCACCUCUGUCUCCCUGCCCAGUGUGUGCCACCAUUUCACCAUGACCCUGCAUCUUCUCCUGGUCCUGGGGCUCUUUUUGCUGCCUUGUCUGUCAUCCCAUGUUAUCAGCGAGUCCUGUGUUAUAGCCAGCCUGAAAAUGACAAAUCAAACCCAAUGCUUGGAAGUAUGCUUACUGUAUAUGACCUGUGAUCAUUCUGUCUUUUGGAAAGAGAACUACACAUGCUUUUUCUUGAAGUGUCCCAAUGGCACUAACUGCAAUGAUAUCUCCGUCGAUGACCUGAUAAGGAUACAAGAUUUUGGCAGUAUGUCCAACUGGCCUCACAACCACAGACCAAGUGUAACCAUGCCAGCCCAGGACCUCCACAUCUGGAUUCUUCACCUGCGGGAUCGUCUGAGACCAUCCACCCAGACAACUGAUGAAACUGGAUAAAAACAUCAGUGAUCUUAAGUGUGACGCUGGACCUACCACUGAGUCUUCAAGUUCCAGUUCCAUAACUUCAUCAGAAAUCUAUCAAAACCCCACUGCUCCUGAAUUGACAGCCAGCAAUAAUGCCAAUCAAAUUACAGACACCUCUGCCCUCAAUGAGACUGACUCUACCUUGCAUUUUCGUAAGGAUAAUGGGCAGGCCCCCAUCUCCACUGCAUUUACUACCAUUACUGCAACACCCAUGCCAGCCGCUGAGAAUGACACCUUCAUUCCAAGUAAGACUGUUAGCAAUGCCUCCAGAGGAACUACAGUACCUGACAUAGCCCAUAAGUCAACAGUCCAAACCUCUGAGACAACCACUUCAGUAAAGCAGGAACCCAGAACUACAACGACUCCCUCAGCCCUGACCCCUCCACCAGCCAAUCCACAGAUGACGACAACAUCAUUAUCAACAACAAAUACCACUACUAUCACCACUGUAGUACCAGUAGCAAUGCUGUUAACUACCACCACAACACACCCAACAACAAAACCACCACCAACUACCACCACAACAGCAAUACCACCACCAACAACAACUACCACCACAACAAUACCACUAACAACUAUUCCAAACAUAACCACCCCUACCACCAUAGACUCAUCUACAGUUGUGGAGAGGAAUCCAUCACCAACCAUUCCGGCGGUCCCCAGCUCUCAAGCUACCUCCAGAAAUGCCAUAGUCCCUUCGACCUUCACUGUUGAGGUCAGCACAAAAAGGCUUGAUGGAGGUACCAACAGAGCCAUUAUAGACGUUGUUGCCGGGGGGCCUCUGACACGCCAGUUGGUGGACACAAGUAUCCUAUUGGCUGUCCUGUUGUUUGGCCUCGUCUUCUUCCUGGUUAUGGUUGUCCUCUUCCUCACACAGGCCUAUGAGAGCUACAGGACGAAAGACUAUACCCAGGUGGACUAUCUCAUCAAUGGAAUGUAUUCUGAUUCAGGGGUUUGAAAGUGACAGUCGAGUGUUUGUUUUUCUAAUUUCUUUAUUGGAACAGGAUUAAUAACUUGUGAGUUAACAGAGUGCCAAUUUUGCACCAGCCUUUGCUGUAGUAUUGUAUAAUUUUUCUGUCUUAAUGGUACUCAUGCCAAUUUCAUAGAUUUUCUUUCUUCAGCUACUGUAUGUAUAAAUUGCUCCAGGCCUGUUGUGGUUUUAUUCAGGCCUUAACCUCUUACGAAGGGCCAACAAAUGCACCUCUUGGUCAUCAGGCCAAGGGCCAAAUUAUCGCAACAGUGGUUUGUUUGUCCUAUAUUUCUAUGUCUUACAUUUCUACCCAAAUGCUUCCAGCCCCAACCCUUAGGACGAAAGACAUAUAUGGUUAAGUACGUUUUUUUCCUAAGGAAUGUCAUUUGGAUUGUUGUGGGAAAGAGGGUGAAAAGGUUUAUAUGUCCGGUGUUUAUUAUUUUGUAUCCAUUGCGUUGUGUAUGUAUGUCAUUUUUCAUGCCUUUUUAUUCUUUGUUCAUGACUAGCAUAUUUCCUUUGUUUACCAUUCCUCUCCUUGGAUUAAGAUUGAAUGCCAAAUUGAUCACUGAAGCACAUUAACGUUGAAGCCAAGGGAAUUGUCUAGCCAUUUAUAAAGGAGGAGGAACAGUUUGAAUGAUGACCAAAAGAGACUAUCCAAGGCAGAGGAACUUCUGUCAAGGGUGGAAAUGGGUAUGAAGGCCUGUUAUGUGCCAAUUUUAAGUCUUACUAAUGCACUGUUAAAUUAUGGUAUUUGCAGUAAAGGGGAAAAAAAGUAAGAAUAAAAUACAUUUUCCUUUCAUAUUUCACAAAAGAAAGUUUGAUAAAAUGGCAGUAGGGGUAAAUCAGCACUUUAGCAAUAUGCAUUAGUAGGCUGCUAGUCUUUCAACUGUUGUAAGACUUAAGAUUUCUGCAGGCCUGUGAACAGUAUAUGCUGUGUUUCCCAGGCAGGGAGAAAUAUUGAUGUUUAUUACAAGGGCAUAUCAAUCAGUCUGGGUGUACUCAAGGUGGUGCACAUAAAUAUCCCACAUCUGUAGCCCAGUAAUUACUUCCUGGGAAUGUGAUGCACAUGUAAUGUCUGUUGAGAAGGUUUGAAGGUGUGGACUAGGAAUUAAUUGACAGAAGAAAAUAAUGAGAGCAGGGAGGUGGUCCGACACCUUAACAAUGCACUCACCAGUGAUGCAUUUAUUUUGGGGGGGAAAACAACAUGGAUUCCAAUUGUAACAUUUAGGAGAAAACAACUUUUGGUACCUCGAGGCAGUUUUUAAAUGGUGUUUCUCUGCUGUG